ACAUUCUGGUCGCCGACUGCAAAUCCGGCGAACGGCGAACGGAACGCCGGAUGAAACCCUCCCAAAUAAGGAGAAGCGAUGAAGUGUGGCGUCGCCAAUAUUCGAUCUCUCAAAUCGUUUUCGCCUCGAAUCUCGGCUGCUUCUGCAUAAUCCGAGCAGCGAAAGAGGAGGAUCAAGCUAUCCACAGGCAUGGCCGGACGAAGCCAUCAGCCGAACGCCUUGAAACGCCGCGAAGCUCCGUCGAGCCGGAGCCCGAGUGAUGAUCGCCGAUCCCAUCAUCGUCUUUCUUCUGUCGCCGGUUCUUCCAGGGUUCACCACGCAGUUCUUCUCGAAGAUCGCAUAUCCGCACAGCACCGGGAGAUUCAGACUCUCCUCUCGGAUAACCAGCGGCUUGCAGCCACUCACGUAGCGCUCAAGCAAGAGCUGGCUGCGGCUGAGCAAGAGCUUCGGCACCUGUCGGCCACUGCGGCUAAGGUCAAGGCCGAGAGAGACGCUGAGGUUCGGGAGGUUUAUGAGAAAUCGCUGGAGAUGGACGCGGAGGUUCGUGCGAUGGACGCGAUGAUGGCGGAACUCGUUCAAGUGCGGGCAGAUGUUCAGAAGCUUAGUACCGUAAAGCAAGAGUUAACGGCGGAGUUGCAAGCAAUUCGUGACAACCUUAAUAAAGUCUCCUCGGGGUCGCAGCAAUUGCCAUCUAUUAAAGCUGAAAUUGAUAGAAUGCACCAUGAAAUUCAAAGAGGAAGGGCUGCUAUUGAGUAUGAGAAAAGGACACACGCUGGUAAUCUUGAGCAGAGUGAGGCAAUGGAAAAGGGAAUGGUUGCCAUGUCUCAGGAAGUUGAGAAAUUGCAUGCUGAACUUGCGAAUGCAGAGAAGAGAGCGAGGGCCGCAGCAGCUGUAACGAGUCCUUUUCCCGGUUAUGCUCCAACUUAUGGCCAUCCCGACAUAAGAUACGGCGGUAGCUCAUACCCCCCUGACCCUUAUUUCAUGCAUCAGGUUCAGGGAGGAGGGGGUGCCGAGAUUGCUUCUCAAUAUGCACACGUUCCAGCGAUGCAUGGACCGCCUUACAACGUGCAACCAGCGCCACCGCAUAUGCAAUGAAUCGGCAGAGCGAUGUAUGAACAUGUUUUGUGCUCAAUGAGGAAGAGGUCUCAGUGUCUUCGGUUCCAAUAUGGCGAGAGGUGCUGUAAAUACUGUUGCAGAAGCUCUGUUUUUCCAUCUGGGGUCGUCGUCGUCGAGGCGGUAGUCACUCUUCCGAUUGCUGUUCAAAGAUGUACCAACAUUUGUGUUAUCGACUCUUGGCGAUUAGAAGUGUUCAAUAUCAAGGUUGCAGUUGCACUAAAUUUUGACUUCUCUUUUUCUUCCAUUUUUUCGUGGAGCAAAAUGAUAUUUAAAACAUCCAGAACGGCCUAGCAUUACUUCAUUCAUUCCUUCCCAUCCCCUUUCAUUUUCAUUGAUUAUGAAAUGAAAAUUAAGCAGAAAAAUUAAAUUCAA